AUGAGGAGGAGCUCCAGCCCAGAGGAGACGGACCCCGACUCUGAGGGGGACCCCCAGAUCCUGCUGGCCAACGGGGGCUCUCGCUCCCCCCUGGACCUGGACUCGGAGGAGGAGCUGCAGAUCGACGAGACCCCCCCGCGGCGGGGCCCGCGCCGCUGCCCCGUGGGCUUCCCCCGGAAGCUGCCCCGGGCCAAGCCCUGCUCUGACCCCAACCGGGUGCGGGAACCGGGGGAGGUCGACUUUGACAUCGAGGAGGAUUACACCACGGACGAGGAGGACGAGGGGGGCGCGGGGGGCAGCGCUGGGAUCCUGGACCUGCUCAAAGGCCAGCCGGCAAGUGGGGGGCUCCGAGUACCCCCAGCUCAGCGAGGCCCCCGCCUCCCCCAGCACGCGCGAAGCCAUCCAGGGCAUGCUGUGCAUGGCCAACCUGCCCGCGGGGACCCCCCUGGGACCCCCAACUGGUGGGGAGGGGGUGGGGGCAGCGAAAGGGGGGGGCCCGGGGGGUCUGGGGGAGCCCGCAGAGCCCCCCCCGCCCCCCGGAGCACCGACAGCGAGGCCGAGGGGAGCCUGGACGAGCAGGACAGCCUGGGGGCCUGCUUCAAGGAUGCUGAGUACAUUUAUCCCUCACUGGAGUCGGACGAGGACGACCCUGCCCUGAAAUCGCUCCCCAAAAGAAGAAGGUGACGGACGACGCCCCCUGGAGCCCCAAAG